GUAGUCGCAAGUCUAGUGCGGAAAACACGUCUUCUUCUCUAGACAGCACCAGGCGAAAAGGCUAGACAAUGACGGAGCAUGGAGCAGGCAAAUGCUGAUGGAUUCGACCUCGGCACUCGCCUCCCGCUCGAGAUUCUCCCUCACAUCCUCUCGCACCUCUCGUGGCGAGUCAAGGAUCUGGCGGCAUGCGCCCUCGUCGCUCGGUCGUGGAACAGAUAUGCGACGCCGCUGCUGUAUGCCCGCCUGUUCCUGCGCGACCAGCGCCGCGUUCGCAGGGUGUUUGCAUCCCUCGAGGCAAACAAACAUCUCGCAAAGCUUGUCCGCGUUUUGGAGAUCCGCGUCUUUCCCUUUGGUCUACCAGCCGAGGAGCUGGAAAAACUCGAGGCGAGCCUCCUCCGCUCCCUCCAGCACUGCGAGGGCCUCGAGGAGCUCUACUGGACCAGGACCGGCAGCUUGACCGACCGGGUGGUGCCCGACCUUCCGAAGCUUCCCUCGCUCCACACACUCGAGCUCACUGGCUCCUCGCGUUUCUACACGCCCGCCAGCAUCACCACCCACCUCCUGGCCCCGUCCAAGACGCCGAACCUGCGCCACUUCUCACUCGUCCUUCCCGAUCGCGACGUGGCGGCGGAGCUCCCCAACUGGGCGUCACAACUGGGCAAAAAGCUCGAGAGCUUCUCAGUUCUUUGCCAGCACUCGGCCAUCAUCACGGACGAGCUCCUCGCCAGGAUCGCAGAGCAUCUGUCGGGCCUUCGCAGGCUCUCUAUUGCUGGCUGCAAAUGGGUCACCGCCGAGGGGCUCCUCCCUCUGCUCCAAUCGGCAAAGGGCCAGAUCAGGGAGCUGGCCAUCGAAGGCCUCGCCAUCCAUCCGAGCACAUUCCACACCCUGGCCCGCUGUUUGCCCCACCUCGUCUCGCUCAGUAUCACGUACCCGCGACCCAAUCUCUGCUCUGCCUCGGAGCACUGGCAGGCACUGGCGAGUUUCGUCGAGGAUCUGCCUGACCUGCAGGCAUUCACCCACUACACGUCGAGCUGGAACACGCCAAAGGGCAUGUACAGCGAGACACUCGACAGCGACCAAGACGACAACGAUGACGACGAUGGAGGCACCGGAGCAGAGAGGCGCCAUGAGCAACUACAGCAACAGCGAAGGCAGACUUCGGCGACGUCGCUCAGCUGGACACCGAGACCAACGCAGCCACCAGUCAUGAGGGAGCCCAAGCUCAGCGCCACGUUUCUCAGACGACUCAUCAUGGCGAGAGGAGCCCAGCUUAGCAAGCUGCGCAUACAUGGCAUCGCCACGAGCACGGAGCAGCUUGGAGAGGUGUGCAGUGGCUGUCCGCAGCUCCGUGACCUUGUCUUGCACCUCUACGAGUCGGACAAGCCCUCAAUUGCAGCGUCCAUCAGCCACCUCCCCAAGCUUGCCUCGCUCCACAUACUCUCUUCGCUCUAUGCAGACCUUUUCCUGUCCGAGGACGACCUCAGGCACCUCGCAAAGGUCGCCUCGCCCGAGCUCCGCCAGAUUGGCUUCCGGAAUCGCGUCUGGCUCGUCGAGCGCUCCUCCUCUCCGAUGGCCGAUCAGGUGGGUGAUCCUGGUGAUGAUGACAAUGACCGAUGGAGGCUGCAAGAUGGACGGAUCGUGUCUCUCAACCGCUGGGACAUGGCCGCGGGAACCUUUCCCGAAGUCUUGCUCGUCGUCCGAGCCUGAGUACGUAGUGGAACUCAUCGAGACUGCAAAGGCCUCUGCGGCCUUUUCGCGGU